AUGCGCUGUGGUGACCGGUUUGGGUGCUCUGUUUGCGGCGGCAGCGGGAAGGUUGGUCCCAGCGCGGAGGUGCCACCGCGGGGACUCUCUGAGAGCAGCCUGGACUCGCAGCCCUCGGUGCCACCUGUAGCCCCACUGCGUCCCGCGUGGCCGGCCGGCGUCAACAUGGUGGAUGUGUUCAGCGGGAGGCUCCUGGUCAGCAAGAACGGCUGCAGCGUGGACCCCGAGGAGGCCCUGCAAAACAAGGUCGUGGGCUUGUACUUCUCCGCUGGCUGGUGCUCGCCGUGCCGCGACUUCACCCCCAUCCUCUGCGACUUCUAUAAGGAGUUGCUGGAGGGGAAGCGCCCUCCUGCCCCCUUCGAGGUCGUCUUCAUCUCCUCCGACCGCAGCGCCGAGGAGAUGGCGGGCUACAUGAAUGACAUGCACGGGGACUGGCUGGCCCUGCCCUUCCACGACCCCUACAAACAUGAUCUGAAGAAGAAAUACAACAUAACAGCAAUUCCUAAACUGGUGAUUGUGAAACAAACUGGAGAAGUUAUUACUGACAAGGGAAGAAAACAGAUCAGAGACAAAGGACUAUCCUGUUUUCAGAACUGGCUGGAGGUUGCAGAAAUUUUUCAGAAUUUUUCUAGCUGAAAAUUUGGCAGAUGAAAACAAGACAAGGCAUCAUGGAAAACCAUAGAGUUCUGAAAAGAUUGCCUUGUUCAGAACAAAAAGGGUAAGGCUUAUUUAUCUUUGCUUGCAAACACAUUUUGGUUUCGCCUUGAAGAUUAGCUAUUCCAGUAACUCAUAAAAUGCUGUUAUUGUUUUAUUUGUAUUGUUCUAUCUACUAUUAUUCAGUAUGAACCAAAGCAUUCCAUAUAGUAUUGAAAUACUUCAAGAGGAUAGGCUGUUUUAGACAGUAAUAACGGGCCACUGUGAAAUCUAUGCAAAUGCUUUCCAAAUCUGUAAAGUAAAAAUUAUAUUUAUGCACAAACCUAUUUUUCCUGAUUAGCACAUAUUUUAAAAAAGGGAGAUUGUUUGCUUCAAUAAAUAAAUAUUUAUGAAGUUUGUCUAACAUCUGUCUUAUGUACCUUAAGAUAAUCAGAAAAUGUCAGGUUUUUAAAAUAGGGUAUAUGUCAGUACUGAAGAAAUGCUUUUCUUUGUCUACUUUGCGCGGGAUUUACUUAAGUUUUACUGAGUAUUCCUUACUACUGGAUUUUUAAGCUUGGCACUGUAAGCCAAGUUAUCUGUAGAGUUAGCAUCAGAUCAAGUUUAAGAAUAAAGCAUUUUCCAUCUCCAUUUGCCAAAGUGCAUAGGAGCAAACAUCAAAAAUUAUACCAGCUCUCUUUGAGUGCGCAUGUUGUUGCAGAUUAUCUUAAGUUUUACUGAAUCUUUCUAUAUUUUUUUUGUGAAACAGUUAUGGGAACAUCUUGAUUUGAGAUGUUAGACUUUAUGUUAGCAUGGGUUGCUGUACUACUUGAAACCUGAUACUGUGUUACUUGAAGUCCCUGUUCUCUGUAAUGUUAGCCUUAGCCUUGCUUUCUAGACCAUAACCAAAGCAAAUAACAAAGGUCUAUUUUAUAUAGAAUGGGUUAUUUGACAACCUGGCAAGGUAGAUAUCUAGCUAGGAAACCUGGCAAAAUAAGAUUAGGGUGUUCUUUAGAUGAACUAACCUCAUCAUAGUCAUUAUAACACUAAAAAACAGCCACAGAUCGUGAAGACCCUUCUUCUGAUUAAGCAUAGUAACAGAAGAGAAUAACACUGCAGGUGUUAUAAUUGUAUGUAAAUCACUAACCAAUCAUUGUAACUGGAGUGUACUACCUUGUAAUUUUUGUGUGUAAAUGUAAUGACAAGAUCGGCAUGGGGUGUGCUUGAUUUGUGAAAAUUCCACCUAGCACCCAGCGCUGCAAUAAAGAAGUGCCUGCUGCUUAAUAUUA